CCUCUAAUUUUGUUUUUUUAACAGCACAACGCCAGAUUCCGAAACGAUCAAAAAAGGGGGGUCUCUCAAUUUUGCACGGAUUCUUGACCCCCACCUGCAACAUGGGUUCUCUCUCCAGCCUACAGUUCUCUCUGUAGAAUUUAUCCGGCCCUUGUCUUCACGUAGCUUCCUCCACUCCCUCUCACUGCAGUAUUAUACUUCAGUUUUUUUUUUAUUUUUUUUUAUUUAUUUUACCAUUACUCCGAAAUAUAUCUCGGUAGAAAGACUCAAGAGCUCCGUUUUUAGCCCUACGGUGGAGGUUUUCGCCGAGAGACCUAGUACAUUAUCGUUUACAUCGGCGGUAGCUUCGCGAUUAGCGAGAUUCCUCUUAUUUUCGUUUCAGAGGGUAUUUGGGGCCAAGAAAGCACGUUGGACUAUAGGACUGACUUGAAAGUAAAGGUAUCAAAUUCUCUGGAAUCCAAAAAACACGAGACAUAGGGUUCAGAAUUUUUCCUUCAAAACUGUUUUCACAAGUUUUCUCAGCAACCGAACAGAGGUUGAAACUUCAACUUUGCACAAAGCCGUAGAUCACAGAGAAAUGAAUGGGGAUGCUUCUGGUGUAGGGGGUGAAAAUUUUGACUGGAACACUGAUGAUGAGCUGGAAGUUAAUGACUUCUCUUUAUCUUCUUGUUCAAGUUUGACACCUCCAAAUGGAGAAGCUGUUGUGGGCUGUGGUGAGGCACGCUCAACUGCUGGUUGUUCCAACUCCAAGUUGAUUGAUCAUUUCAUCGGGAUGGGAUUCUCUAAAAAGAUGGUUUCCAAAGCAAUUCAGGAAAAUGGGGAGGAAAAUACAGAUUCAAUUCUAGAAACCCUUCUUACAUACUCGGCUAUCGAAAGCUCUCCUCAAGGACAGCCUGAUAUCGAUUCUGAUAAUUCCUCUUUGGACAGUGGAGGGAGUUUUCUGGAUGACUUUUCAGAUAUUGAUAGUUCUUCUGACACUGAGGAAAUCAUGAUUCCUGAGUCUGAUGAGGAUGGUAAAUUGUUGUCCUUAGUUAAGAUGGGGUACACAGUGGAUGAGGCUUCAAUAGCAAUAGAGAGAUGUGGUCAGAACUCCUCACUUGUGGAGUUGACAGAUUUUAUCUGUGCUGCUCAAAUGGCUAAGGUGGCUGAUGCACACUUUCCAGAACUCCCCCUUGAAGUCAAGCCGAAGCUUAAGCAUUCAUACAGUGAUUUUUCUAAGCAUAAGAAAAGGAAACUUUCUGAUUAUGCGAUGUGGAAAAAGAAAAGGCGGAACGGUGUUCAAGAUGAUGAUGAUGAGACUAUUCAUCUCCCAAAUCCAAUGACUGGAUUUGGUGCACCUGGUGAACCAUGUCAAACAAUUUGUAGAACACUUCCAGAGGCAGCUGUUGGGCCUCCCUUUUUCUAUUAUGAGAAUGUGGCUCUUGCUCCUAAAGGGGUUUGGACCACCAUUUCACGGUUCCUGUAUGACGUCGAACCGGAAUUUGUUGAUUCAAAAUACUUCUGUGCUGCUGCUAGGAAAAGGGGCUAUGUUCACAAUCUUCCAAUAGAAAACAGAUUUCCCCUUCUUCCGCUUCCACCACGGACCAUUCACGAGGCAUUACCCUUAACAAGGAAAUGGUGGCCUUCAUGGGAUCAGAGGACAAAGUUGAAUUGCAUACAAACUUGCAUUGGUAGUGCAAAGUUGACAGAGAGGAUUCGCAAGGCACUUGAGGAUUAUGAUGGUGAACCACCUCUGAGAGUUCAGAAGUAUGUACUUGAUGAAUGUCGAAAAUGGAAUCUAGUCUGGGUUGGGAGGAACAAGGUUGCCCCACUUGAGCCUGAUGAAGUAGAAAUGCUUUUGGGUUUCCCAAGGAACCACACAAGGGGAGGUGGAAUAAGUCGAACUGAUAGGUAUAAAUCACUUGGUAACUCAUUCCAGGUUGACACAGUAGCAUACCAUCUAUCGGUCUUGAAAGACAUGUUCCCAGGUGGCAUCAAUCUUCUCUCCCUUUUCUCUGGGAUUGGUGGUGCAGAAGUAGCCCUGCAUCGGCUUGGUAUCCGUCUAAAGAAUGUUGUGUCAGUUGAGAUUUCAGAAGUAAAUAGAAAUAUCGUCAGGUGUUGGUGGGAGCAAACAAACCAGAGAGGGAAUUUGAUUGACCUUGCAGACGUGCAGCAGUUAAAUGGUGACCGGUUGGAGCAGAUGAUGAACUCAUUUGGCGGAUUUGAUCUUGUAGUUGGUGGCAGCCCUUGUAAUAAUCUCGCUGGUAGCAACAGGCAUCAUCGAGAUGGACUUGAGGGAAAACACAUGGCCGUGGAGUUCAUGUGGAUUUUGAUGGUAUACUCUAUAUUCUGGAUGAAGAAGGAUGGCCUUUAUUAUUAUGACCUGCUGGAUGUUUGCUGCUAUCCUCCAUGCUGCUAUAUCUUUGAGGGUCUGGAGGCACAACUUUCUGGGGUCAAAGUUUGUUGCGAAGAAGGGCAAUAUGGCUGUAAGCCACUUUCUCUUUUCUGUUUUCUUGGUUAGGUUACAUGUCUCGUGGCUCUUUAUAUAUUAGAUGUAAUAUAUACGAGCGGCUCUGUUCUUGGUCUUGUUUAAUGUGAGCUGUAGCCUGUGCUGGUCAGGGACUUGGGCAGGGUUGCUUGGAUGACACAUUUCUUUCUUAGUCCAUGUUGAAGUGUGGAGCUUGUGAAGGAA